AUGUUCAGCACCACCUUGGGAGAGCCGAUUUGUAUUCUUUACAGACUCCCUUCACACCUGCUGCCUUCUUUCCGAAGCACAUUUUCCAUGGCGCAAAGCCCCCGGUGGUCUGGAAAACACGGCUCUCCUACGCAGGAUUCCAACAGCUGCGCCAGAGACGUUUUCUCCUCGGAAGUUGGGCAAAAGUACCUUCAGCAGCGGUUGAAUAAUGCGAGUGAAGACAGGCAACAAGCAACUCCAGAACGUUCCUCAUCCGACGACGACAACGACGACGAUACCGCCGAGAACCACAAGUUACGGUGCGAACUAUGGCACGGUCAUUUCGCCGAGCACGAAAUAGACCGGUGUCGGAAAGAAAUCUCUGACCCGCACUACUGGAAAACCGAAUCUGAGCACUACCUACGUUCAUUGAUAAAGCAGCUGUAUGGACAAGGCCGUGUAAAGGUCGACGAAGCCACGGUCCAGCACUGGCGCGAUGUUGCUACAUUAUGCAAAAGCUUCCUGCAACAGAGCGGGCAAUCCUCAGAGCAGACUACGAAACUUCGGUAUUCGAUUGUGGAUAAUAAAUAUUGGCAGCCUGAGGCAGAGGUUCUUCGACAGCGUGCCGCCUUAGAAGAGCAUAAGAUGAGGGAAGCAGCUCAGGAGAAACAGGAUGAAAUCCAGCGCCGGCGCCAAGAAAGGGUGCGGCGGUGUCUUCAGAGCGGAGAGCUAUCACAAUCGUCGCCCGCACCGCCACCGAGCCAACAAAACAAACGGGGCCGCCGCGUCGCGAGUAGAGCGAAAGCAAAGAAAACAGUUGGUGGUGGUGUAACCAAGCACAGGCGGCAACGCCCUGUGUCUGGCGCUGGAGCUGCAAGUCGACGCCCAAAGAGGCGCCAAGACCCCUCCGCAUAG